CGCUGCUCCCUCUCCGGUCGAUGGGCGUUUCCUAUCUGUCAGGCAUGCUAAUUACUGCUCUCUAACUUCUUCUUCACUCUUUCUCAAUCACCAAAUCAAUCUCCCCUCUACACCUGUCCGGUUCCACGCGCCGCUCUCACCUGAACCCCUCCUCCGGUUUCUCUCCAAUCUCCAAAAAUGGCUUCGAACUCGAUCAAGCUCUUGACUGGUAACAGUCACCCUGAGCUUGCAACCCUUGUGGCAGCUCGGCUUGGCAUUGAACUGACCAAGAUCAUGGUCCUCCAAUAUUCGAACCAGGAAACCAGCGUCACAAUCGGAGAGAGUGUACGAGAUGAGGAUGUUUUCAUCUUGCAGUCGACGCGGCCCAAUGAUAUCAACGAUGGACUGAUGGAGCUGCUCAUCAUGAUCAAUGCUUGCAAGACCGCCUCCGCAAGACGUAUCACGGCCGUCAUUCCCAACUUCCCUUAUGCGCGCCAAGAUAAGAAGGAUAAGAGCCGUGCUCCUAUCACCGCCAAGCUUAUGGCAAACAUGCUCCAGACUGCUGGUUGCAACCACGUCAUCACCAUGGACCUCCACGCCAGCCAGAUCCAGGGCUUCUUCAACGUUCCCGUCGAUAACCUGUAUGCCGAGCCUAGCAUUCUGAAGUGGAUCCGCGAACACCUGGAUGUGAGCAACUGCAUCAUUGUCAGUCCUGAUGCUGGUGGUGCUAAGCGUGCCACUGCCAUCGCCGACCGCCUCGAUCUCCAGUUCGCGCUCAUCCACAAGGAGCGCCCCCGCCCCAACGAGGUCUCGCGCAUGGUUCUCGUUGGUAGCGUCAAGGACAAGAUCGCUAUCAUCGUUGACGACAUGGCUGAUACCUGCGGUACUCUCGUCAAGGCCGCCGAUACUGUGAUGCAGCACGGAGCUAAGGAAGUCAACGCUAUCGUCGUCCACGGUAUCCUUUCCGGCAAGGCUACUCAGAACAUCAACAACAGCUGCCUGAGCCGUGUUGUUGUGACCAACACUGUCCCUCACGAAGACAAGAAGGAGCAGUGCGAUAAGAUCGAGACGAUCGACAUCAGCCCCACUCUUGCAGAGGCCUGCAGACGUACGCACAACGGCGAGUCUGUGAGCUUCCUGUUCUCGCACGCUGUCGCCUAAACGACUAGUAAGGGCACAUGGCAGUGGUGGAGGACAAGAUGGACAUGCCGCUAUCUGGAGGCGGUUCACAUUUGCUUUUUCUUUUUUUAUUAUUGUCGUGCGUAGUCGGAUACCUCUAGGAGGACCUAGAUCAUGAAAUUAGGACUCUUUAGCCACGGAAUUCCCGGGAUAGGCGCCUCCGUCUGUCAAACUAUAUUUAACGCAUUUACCGGUUAUGAAGCUUAUGGACCUUUGAGAAGGUGGAAAGGAAGGGAGAUAUGAAAAAGUCGGCGGCGCCUUUUUGCUUUCUAUUACCAGCUGAAUUGAAGCACUUAUACUGUACAUAUAUCAACG